AUGGCCUACCUCCUCUACUACAGCCUGACCCUUCUCACCUUCCUUUUAACCACAACCCUAUACCUCUCCCGCGCCCGAUGGCUCCCGGCCUUACAGUCCUCCCUCUCCCAGGUUUCCUUCCGUUUCCCCGGGGGUGACUACCUCUACUCACGCCUUAGCACCGGCCCCGGUGCCGGUUCGUUUGAGGGAGACAUCGAAGCAGGCCUGUCCUCAUCCACUUUCGACUUGUCAGGCAAUAUCCAGGACGGUGACACACGAGCUGGACUGGGUGACGCGGCGAAACGGGAAAUCGUCAAGAUCAUGAAGAAAAGGCGGAUGCUGUUUGAUGAGGCGCGCAGAGUAUACAUGGAGCAGAAAUUCAAAGAGAAUGGGAUUGGGGCGGAUGGGCGGCCGCGGGAUCCGAAGUUCGUGAGCUUUUCGUGA